GCUGACGCCCUGCCCUUCCGCUUGGAAAUCUCACCGGAACCUCGUCGGAAAUCAGAUCUCCUUCGCCGGAAUCUUCUUCGUAUUAACCGCUUUCUCUUUAGUCGGAAGAAAUGUAUAAUAACUUGGGAGCCCAGCCUGGGGUGCCAAGACCACCAACAAACCCUCAACCAAAUCCAUUUGGUAAUGCAUUUUACAGGGCUGGUUCUGUUCUUAUCCGAGGUGGUCUGGGUGCAUAUGGGGAGAAAAUUUUGGGAUCAAGUUCUGAGUAUGUGCAAAGCAACAUAAGUAGGUACUUCUCUGAUCCCCAGUACUACUUUCAAGUGAAUGAUCAGUAUGUGAGAAACAAAUUGAAGGUUGUUUUACUGCCAUUUCUACACAGGGGCCAUUGGACAAGAAUAACUGAGCCAGUGGGGGGUAGGCUUUCCUAUAAACCCCAAAUUUAUGACAUUAAUGCACCAGACUUGUACAUCCCAUUUAUGGCAUUUGGUACUUACGUUGUUCUUGCUGGAUUGUCACUGGGCCUUCAAGGAAAGUUUAGCCCUGAAGCACUUAACUGGCUGUUUGUUAAGGGAGUGUUUGGCUGGUUUCUGCAAGUUAUGCUGCUGAAAGUAACAUUACUUUCAUUGGGUAGUGGUGAGGCACCUUUACUUGACAUUCUGGCGUAUGCUGGGUAUACUUUCACCGGACUGUGUUUUUCAGUCCUUGGACGGAUCAUUUGGCGGUACUCAUACUACUUUUUGAUGCCAUGGACAUGCUUAUGGAUGGGAGUCUUCUUGGUGAAGACCAUGAAAAGAGUUCUCUUCGCAGAAGUUAGAAGUUAUGAUUCCAGCAAGCACCACUACCUUUUGCUCUUUAUUGUCCUGGCUCAGUUUCCACUCUUCACAUGGCUUGGCAACAUUAGUGUUAAUUGGCUUUUCUAAAGCUGCGUCCUUGUCUAAGUUGUGUAGCAGGAAAGAAUUCUUUGUUUAUAUCAGCUCUAACAGUGCUUUUAGGCAAUUUUUACCAUAGAGAAAUUCAUUUCUGGUUACUUUUUUGUUUAUCAUAUUCAUAAGAACCAAUUUCCAUGUGCUGAGAAAGUUAACAAUAGUCUCCCUAGAAAUAUAUUCGUUGCUCUU